GAAGCAUAGUCGGCGGGAGAAUCAAUAUUAUAGCCGGCCCUCGACAUUUUAGUGAAACUUUUUUUCUCCGGCUAAACGGAAAAUAUCUGUAAAUUUCAUUCAUUUUUUUUGUCAAAAUAGUGCAAAGUUUUCAAAAAUCUCUAAAUAAUAAUAAUAUUACAAUAAACGUAUAAAUUGUAUUACGAACAUACAAAUGUAUUUAUAAAACUUCUUAUGUGAAAAAAGAAGAUAUUCUUCAAUAAUGUUAUAUUCGUAUAGACAGUGUGUACUCAUUUUAUAAUCGAGAACAAUCCUCGAGUGUCUUCAAAAAAAAAAAAUCGAAGAAUUCUAUCUAUCAAAGAAGUGAGAGACUUAAUCACUGGUGACCCAAGAAAAAUUUCAUCAUUAAAGUGAUAUCAAGUCUCUUAUAAUUCAAAUAAGCCUCAAAAGGUCUUCUGAUAAGUCAUCAGCUGUUCAAAAACUGUCAAAUUGAGACAAACUUAAAAACAAUUAACUAAAUCAUUUCUCAAAUUGAGGAAUAAUUUCUUGAUGGAUUGUUUAUUUUUAUCAAUAAAAAAUUAGAAAAAAAGUGCCAUUGCUCUAGUCACAGACAAUUAAAAAAAAAAUAAAUAAAAACAUAUCUUGAAAAAAUUGAUUUUUUUCUCGAUAGAGAAAGAGAGAGAAUUACUAUAUAUAUAUGCGUCAAGAAGCUCAAGGCAGUUUGAAAAGUUUGCCUCCGGGCGAACAUCGAAACGGUUCAAUCAUGAUUGAACAGGAUAUGGCAGGUGCACAAGACACAAUAUAUUUGUGUAAUUUUCGUGUAUCUGUCGAUGGUGAAUGGCUCUGUUUAAAAGAACUUCAGGACGUUGAAUUUUCAAUGCAGGAUUCAAUGCAACAAUCGCCAUCGCCACCCCUUGUACACAGUGGUAUACAUCGUCAUCAUCCUGAUCCAUCAGAGCUUUGCGAUAUUUCUCCGCCAAGCCCACCGCAAAUGCAACACGUCUCAAGCUUAUCACGAGAUCCGGUGAUAAUUGAGAGGAGCAACCUUGUUAAUAUCUCGAAACUUAUUGUUAAGGAGCUCAUCGAAACUUCUUUAAAAUAUGGAAGAAUGCUCGAUUCUGAUCAUAUGCCAUUGCAGCAUUUCUUCAUUGUUUUAGAACAUGUACUCAGGCAUGGUCUUCGACCAAAGAAGGGUCUUCUUGGACCAAAAAAAGAACUCUGGGACAUUCUUCAAGUUGUCGAAAAAUUUUCACCUGAAGCACAAGACAUGACUUCUAGUAUACGCGAUCUUCCCACAGUCAGAACGGCAUUGGGAAGAUCACGCGCUUGGCUACGUAUGGCAUUGAUGCAAAAAAAAUUGGCGGAUUAUUUAAAAGUAUUGAUUGAUCAUAAAGAUGAUAUUCUUUCGGAAUAUUUUGAACCCGAUGCAUUAAUGAUGAGCGAGGAAGCUAUUGUCAUAAUGGGUUUAUUGGUUGGACUAAAUGUUAUUGACUGCAAUUUCUGCGUGAAGGAAGAAGACCUCGACUGUCAGCAAGGCGUUAUUGACUUCUCACUCUAUUUAAGAAAUAGCAAUCACAUUCCCGGUGAAUCGCCAGACGAGGAAUUGGAAAACGACAAUAUGACAACAGUUCUCGAUCAGAAGAAUUAUAUCGAGGAAUUAAAUCGACAUUUAAAUGCAACUGUUACAAAUCUACAAGCAAAAGUUGAAUCUCUCACAACGACAAAUGCUCUUAUGAAGGAAGAUCUUUCAAUUGCGAAAAAUAGUUAUCUCGCUCUUCAAUAUGAGAAUCAACAAUUGAAAAAAGAACUUGGAAUUGAGAUCAAAGAUCCUAACGAGAAUGGAAAACCCCCGUUGAAAAUCACAGAAACGACAGUCGAAUUAGAAGAAACAAGAAGUAGGUUAGAAUCGGAGAAGAAACAUCGUCAGGAAGUAGAGAAGGAACUUAGUCUACAGAUUAGCAUCAAAUCGGAAAUGGAAGUUGCGAUGAAACUUUUGGAAAAGGAUAUUCAUGAUAAACAGGACACAAUUGUAUCUUUAAGAAGACAACUAGAUGAUAUUAAGCAGAUUAAUUUGGAGAUGUAUAAAAAACUACAGGAGUGUGAGAGUUCACUUAAGCAUAAAACAGAACUGAUAGCCAAACUGGAGGCUAAAACAUAUUCAAUGAAUGAUACUAUUCAGAGAAUGGAUCAAAAGCAUAAAGAAAUUGAAGACUCACGAAUUGGAUAUGAGGAGAAAGCCCGAACUUUAGGUGCUGAAGCUGCAGCAAAAGACGCUCGAGCCAAUGGUAUUGAGAGAGAAUUAAAAGUAGAACGCGAAUGGCGAACAUCACUUCAAGAAUCUUCAAUUUCUAAUAUUGAAAAAAUCUCUCAACUUCAUCAGGAAGUUGAUCAAUUAAAAUCUGUCUCGGAGAAAUAUUUAUCAUUGCAAGAGGAACAUUAUGCAAUGCGUGAAAUCUGUACAGAACAGGAGAGAACACUUGAGGAAUUGGGCGCACAAUUGAGUGCAGCCAAGUUGGCAGCAGUUGAAUUAAGAGAAGCGGCGAGUAAUGCUCAACAGCAGCCUCAGCAAGAUGGUGCAGCUUUAUGGACAAACGACCGAUUGGUCAGUCACUGUAAAGGCUGUACCCGAGAGUUUAACAUCGCUCGACGUAAGCACCAUUGUCGAAAUUGUGGGAAUAUUUUUUGUAAUGCCUGCAGUGACAAUACAAUAGCAUUACCGAAUUCAACGAAACCAGUUCGAGUAUGUGACGAUUGUCAUAUUUCACUGGUCGGCCGUUAUUCUAUUCUUCAUUAAUACAAUAAAUAUCUAUAUAUUUUUUUUUCACACACACAUAUAUAUAUAUAUAUAUAUAUUUAUAAAUAUAUAGAUAACAGUGUAUAAAAUAUGACUUCAACAACGACUUCAAAUUGUAUACAAUGUGAAUGCAAAAAUUUCACGAAGGCAACAGCUAGGCUUUCAUUCCCUGGAUUUUGGGGAUUUACGAUGUAAGCACGAAGGGUUGCGAAAGAACGGGAUUUCAAUGCCGCUCAACUUGCCAACACAGGCCUGAAAAGCCUCGCCUGAGCGUUGAAUGAAGACGUCGCGAUAAUACAUCACCAUAUUUUACAUAUACAACAUAUUUUCCAUCACGUAUUUUUUUUUAUACAUAUAAAUAACCAACGUUAUUUUUUUUUAUCAGAUUUUUUUUUUGUGAAAGUUUGAUCAAUUUUUCUAUUCUAAUAACAGAAAUUUUUUUUUAUCAUAAAAUAUUUUUAUUUCCUAAUUAUUACACUGGGAAAAAAAAAAUUAUUUUCAAAUAAUUGGCUAAUUUUAUUUGGAAUUUUAAAAGAUUAUUUUAUUCGAAUAUUUAAAUUUUUUUAUGUUUGUUUAGAUUGCAAUUUUUUUUUUUUUAAUAAGUAACAAUUUCUUUGAAUUGCAAACUUUCUUGAUUUUAAUGUUACAAUAUUAAAAAUCUAAUUGCCUAUACUAAACAACUAAUUUUGAGAUUAUUAUCGGAGACCGAUUUUUUUUUUUUUUUUUUUGCAAAUUCGUGACUCUGAACAAUGCGAGGGAAAGGAAAUUGACAUUGUAAAUUAUUUAUGUCGCGUAUACAAGUAACAGUUGGCAAAGGAAAUCGCGUGACUUCAUAGCAGUCGAUUUCUGAAAGCAAAUACUAGUGUUAAAGUGCAUAUAUGUACAAGUAUGUGUAUAUACAUUUAUUUAUAUAUACAUAUUUGAUAUCUUUGGUCGUAAAUGCAAAAUAUAUAGUUAAUUCGUCAUUUAUUUGAAGAGAUUUGCAAAAAAAUUUACGAUUUUUAUAAUUAUUAUAUAUUUGUAUAGCGAGAUAUUAAUUUUCAUUAUACCAACGAUAAUUAUUAUUUUUUAGUGUUGCCUUCUUGAAAAAUGUAAUAAUGUCCAAAUUAGUUAAAUUUGUUAAAUUAAAAUUAUUUAAGUGUUAAAUUAUUUUUGAGUUUAGAUUUUUUUAAAAAAUAUUUUGUAGAGAAUUAUUUAGCAUUUUUUUUUUAAACUUGCAAUUGUACUUCUUUUUUUAAUCAUUAUUUCAAAAGCUUCCAAUUUGUAUGUGUUUAGAAUAAUUUUUUUUUAAAUCUUGUUACGAAAAUCAAAAGAAGCACUUUGUGAAUGUAUAGAACAAAAAAAAAUUUCUACUUCUAUACCGUAGAAAAUGUUACUUUUGUACAUAUUUUUUAAACAGAAGAACUAUAAUAGAGAAAAUUUUUUUAUAAAUUAAGAUAUUAUUUUUAAAAAUUGUUUUUUCUAAAAAAUUUCAUUACAAAAUCGCAAGUGAAAUUAUUUAAAUAUGAAUAAAUUUUUUAAAAAUGAAUUCCAAUUGUAAAUUAUGAAUAUAAAUUUAAAAAAUCAAGUAUUUAUAAUAAAAUGAAUAAUAAAAACAUAAUUUGUAUGAAUGAGAAAAAUUUAUCAAAAAAUAGAACUAAAUUAUUUCAACUUGUCAUUAAAAUUCGAUGAAGUGGCUGAAAAAAAUAGGGGAAAAAUUUUGUUUUUAAUUAAAAAUAAAAUUGUUUGUUAGAGGUUCACGUGUGCUUUUUUUUAUUCGGCCAUGAGAAAAAAAAAAAAGAAAGAAAGCGAUCUUUUUGACGAGUAAAUUAUUUUUCGUAUAUACACACCGGUUUUGAAGGAGCUUUUAAGAAAAACGUUUACGUUUCGCUUUCAUAAGAGCUUUGGCUUUUUAAAAGUUCGCCAAAAGACGAGUAAAUUACUGUUUGAAUGCUUCGAAAUUUGUUAUAUUUGACGAAAGUAUUUAAUAAAUUUGUUAACAUAAAUAAUGUGUGCACCUAUUAUGUAAAAAAAAAAAAAAAAUCUAUUUGAAAAAUGAAAUACACCAUAUUUUUAAAUACAA